AUGGAGCUUCUGAGGGACAGCGACGACUGGGCUGACGUGGAGCCAUUACCGCAGGACGACGGUCCGGAUCCCGUCGUGCCGAUCGCGUAUUCGCGCGAGUUCGACGACGCCAUGGGCUUCAUGCGCGCCGUUCUCGCGUCCGGCGAGCGCAGCGCGCGCGUCUUGCGCUUGACGGAGCGCGUUAUCUCCGUCAACGCCGCUAGCUACACCGCCUGGCAGCUCCGUCGAGACGUUCUCACGCAUCUGCUGUCGUUAGCGGAACCGGAGGCCACGACAUCGAAGCCCUCGUCCACGUCAGCGGAUGAGAAUCGAGGGGAUGAAGGGGAUUGGCUGGUUCAGGAUGAGGUACUUUACGCCGAAAAUGUGACUCUAUCGAAUCCCAAAAAUUAUCAGGUGUGGCACCAUCGCCGGUGGUUGGCUUCUCUUCGCAAAGAUAGGGUUACCAGACGCCAGGAACAGAUGGAACAGCACCAGCAGCAGCAGCAGCAGCAGGAGCAAGAAUGCGUUUCAAACUCACCGUCCCCGUUACAGCAAGUUCCGUUACGGUCGAUAACUGAGGUCGCGCAGGAGGAAUUCCGCUUCUGUGAGGAGGCGUUGCGGGGAGAUUCAAAGAACUACCACGCGUGGUGUCACAGGCAGUGGGUGGCGAGGGAAUUUGACACGUGGCAUGGUGAGCUGACGUUCUGUGAGAAGCUGUUGGAUGAUGAUGUGCGCAACAACUCAGCAUGGAACCACAGAAUGUUUGUACUGGAGCAUCUUAUAGCGAAGCAGAAGCAGGGAGCAGAACAUGUGGGAGGAGGAGCCAAUCAGGAGAAGGAUUCCGAAAUUAGGGUUACACCAGUAACAGUGGAGGAUGAGGUGACGUUUGCAGUGACCGCCAUCUGGCUUGCUCCGUCCAAUGAGAGCCCUUGGCGGUAUCUCCAAGGGCUGAUUCGCCUGCUGGAAAAAGAAGCAGAAGGUGUGGGUAAGGAAGGGGAUCUGAGGCUUCUUGGAAUCUGCAUGGAUGUGCUGGCAAGUGAGCCGGAGUGUGUUCAUGCGUUAGCGACUCUGCUGUCAGUGCUUGGUCGGGGUUGCAUGUCUGAUAAAGUGGGUAAGGUGUUAGGGUUGAGCCAGGAUGGUGCUGGUGAUAGUGCUGCUAUCUCAUGCACGGAUGCAGCUGUAGCAUUGUGUGAGAAGCUGCAAAAGAGUUAUGGUGUGGGCAACCAGAAGCUCUGGUUGCUGCGAAACUCGGGGGCGAAAUGUGACAGAAUGUCAGGCACGCGAUGCGGGCUGGUGGUGGCAGGCGGAGCCACAGGCGUGGACCGACGCUUACGGUCUGGCGGACUGCGCGACGCGCACGGCACAGCGCCGUACAAAAGAGAUGCGCGGACCCAACGGGGAGCCGCCGCGGUGGACGCGCGCGCGGGGCAGGUGCCGGUACCCGCAACCCCCGUGGGUGGGUAUUGGGCGGAGGGGGAAUCGGGGGAGAGGCAGGAAGAAUCGUGGGUGGGGAAGGGGCGGGGGAAAGUGCGGGGCUCAGAUGCUGCCAACCUGGCAGCGACCCGCCAAGCACAGGCCGAAAUCUGGCGACACCAGUUCCCAAACGAAUCACCUUCAGCUGCCAAGUCAGCAGCUGCCACCUCAUCAGCUGCCACCUCAUCAGCUGCCACCUCAUCAGCUGCCACCUCAGCAGCUGCAGCAUCUUCAUUUCAGUCUGAAUCAAACCCAGUCGCCUCCACGUCAGCCUGCUCCGGGCGGCGGCUCUUCGUCAUGGAUUGGCCGAAGAGGAAGCACGGGAUUGGCUCUCAGCUAAGCAUCAUGAGCGCUUACUUAAGCCUUGCGCUGACUCACAACCGCACGCUCGUUCCCACGCCCGGCACUUACAUAAGAGCCAACCAUUCCGAGUGUCUAGAGGCUGGGAACUUAAACUCGUUUGACUGCUAUUUCUUCCCCUUGGUUGCUAAGAGCUGUGCAUUGAUGGUGCAUUGGUGGCGAGCGCAGUCGCUUCGCUUCAUGCUGAGGUGGCCGUCGGCGUACCUGUGCCACGUCAGCAACAGGGUGCGGCAGCAGGCGUAUGGGCUCCACGUGGCAGUGCGGAUUGAGGAGUCAAGAGCGGCUCAAAAGAAGAUCCUUGACUCUCUCGGUCCUGCCGCUGCUGCUGUUGAUGACGAUAACAACGAGGCUGGGGGAAAAGAUAGAUAUGAGAAAGAGGGAGAAGAGGGGGAGGGGGAGGAGGAAGUGUACAGGAGAGUGGGCGGGGAGGUGUACAUGCCACGGCCGGUGGUGAGUGUGCACGUGAGGCAGGGAGACAAGCAGAAGGAGAUGCGUCUAAGCUCGUUCCGAUCAUACAUGCUGCACGUGCAACGGCUGAGACUCAGGGUGCCGGACGUUCAUUACGUGUGGCUCAGCACAGAGAUGCAGACAGUCAUCGACGAGUUAGAGAGCUACAAUGACUGGACCUUCCUGUACAGCAAGAACAAGCGCCAGCUCGGGUCAACCCAAAUGCUCGAGUACGAGAGAGCAGCGGGGCUGGAGCAGCUGGUGGGGGUCAGCUUUGCUAGCCGCCCCUCUGCUGCUCUUUCUCAUGCUCCCUUUCUCCCUGGUGUUCCUCUUCUCGGCCUUCCCUAUUUUGCCCUUGCCUCCCCCCACCCCUGCUCACCACUCCGUACAGUCGGUUAUUGA